CUACGUAAUGCGACUGAUAUACGUAAGUUCCCGAAGAGUUUCGUCAUCCAUCCACCGGUCACUCACAUAUCUUACCUCAUUUCCCUCCUACCCCGUUUAUCUACCAGUGCCCAGUUUACGAAAUUGACCCUGCAGAGGCCCGCCGUGUCCAAGAUGGCCACUUUAUUGAAAUUAAACGCGGCCAGGGGCCUGAGAAUAGGGAAUUUAGUUCCCGAAAAUGGCAAGUGGCUGCUGACCCCGAUCUCCUCCGUCUGUUCCAGAGGUCUUAAUACCUCUCCGAAGGACAGCAGCGUCCAGGCACAGGUACAAGAAAUAGACGAUACUAAGCACACUAUUUCCAAGAAGCCUUCAAAACCACCGUUCCUGAAGAAUGUCUUCCUCGGAAAGUUUGACAAGGACAUGCUUGUGUUUCCAGAAGUUCUUGACAAGGAACGGCAUGAAUUGCUACACGAAAUGCUCGUUCCCAUCGAUCGAUUCUUUGCCGAACAAGUUGAUGGAACGAAGAUUGACCGAGAAGCCAAGAUACCACAAGAGACAUUAGAUGGCUUGAAAGAAUUAGGACUCUAUGGAAUGCAGAUACCAGAAGAAUAUGGGGGUUUGGGGCUAGGGGCCACCGAGUAUGCAAGGCUGAAUGAAAUAAUUGCCUUGGAUGGAAGUGUAGGAGUGACAUUGGCAGCUCAUCAAGCCAUUGGAUUAAAGGGCAUCCUCUUGUAUGGCACAGAUGAACAAAAAGAGAAAUAUUUACCAAGAUUAGCGAGCGGUGAAUGGACAGCUGCUUUCUGUCUCACUGAGCCUUCCAGUGGCUCAGAUGCAGGAUCUAUCCAGACUCGGGCUACGUUAUCCGAUGAUGGGAAAACUUACUACUUGAAUGGAGGAAAAAUAUGGAUCUCUAAUGGUGGCACUGCAGAACUGAUGACUGUCUUUGCUAGAACUGAGGUGAAAGAUUAUGAUGGUAAAGUUAAAGAUAAGAUCAGUGCCUUCAUUGUGGAAAGGGGCUUUGGUGGAGUUACAAAUGGACCUCCAGAGGAUAAAAUGGGCAUAAGGGGAUCGAACACAUGCGAGGUUUAUUUUGAUAACACUCCAGUUCCUAUAGAGAAUGUCAUUGGUGAAGUUGGUGGAGGUUUUAAGGUUGCCAUGAAUAUCCUGAACUCUGGACGUUUUUCAAUGGGUAGUUCUGGUGCGGGUAUCUUGAGGAAAGUGUUGGGUUGGGCAUUAGAGCAUGCUACAACUCGAAAACAGUUUGGACUGAGCUUAACCGAAUUUGGCCUUAUAAAGGAAAAGAUUGGACGUCUAGCAGUUUGCAUUUAUGCCAUGGAAUCCAUGGCUUAUUUGACUGCUGGAACACUAGAUGGCUACGAAAAUCCAGACUGCUCAGUUGAGGCUGCAGUUGUAAAGGUGUUCAGUUCAGAGGGAGUAUGGCAAUGGGGAUCAGAGUGUUUGCAGAUGAUGGGCGGUCUUGGUUAUAUGAAAGCAUUUCCAUUUGAGAGAUACCUAAGGGAUGCUCGCAUCCUGCUCAUCUUUGAAGGCACCAAUGAGAUUCUUCGUAUGUUCAUUGCGUUGAAUGGUCUUCAGCAUGCAGGAGCGGAGUUGCGUGAGGUGGUAAAGAAACUUCGCAAUCCUUUGUUGAAUCCAGGAUUUGCCAUUGGCAAAGGUAUAGAAAGAAUGAGAAACAGCCAAGGAAACCCCAAGUUAGAUCUGAACUUACAAGGACACCUACAUCCCACUCUUAAGCAUGGAGCAGAUCUUUUAGAGUUUAGUGUCAAGAGGUUCCAAUAUGCUGUUGAAAAUGUUCUUUCAAGACAUGGGAAAAAUGUAGUAAAUCCAGGGAACCAAGUAGAGUUGGCUCGCCUUGCUGAUUGUGCCAUUGAUAUAUAUGGAAUGACAGCUGUUCUAGGACGUUCAUCUCGGUCGUACUGUAUUGGAGUAAAGAAUGCAGAGCAUGAGCUGGCUUUGGCCCAGACCUUCUGCCAUGAAGCAGCAAACAGAAUCAAGGUUCGUGUGAAGGAAAUAGAAGAUGGCCCCAACUUCAACAAUGACAGUGUUUACAUGAAAAUUGCUGAAACAGUUAUUGAAAAUAAAGGCUAUGCAGCAGAACAUCCACUAACUCGUGUGUUUUGGUGAAACAUUUGGUACACUGUGCCAUGUAUGUAAAGGUAAUCUGUUCAAUGCAAUUAAAUUAAGGUUGUUAUCUAGUUUAGUAUUUUAAGGUGCUUAAAUGUUUGCAAUCUGAGCAUUAAUAUUCUGUACAUAACUUCUGUGAAAAGAAUAUUCCACAGUAUUAUUCUCUUGCUCAGUAAGCUGCUUCUUUUAGUUCUUGUCUUGCUUUUGCAACCAAUUAUUUAAUUAUUUGGACCUAUUGUCAUAUACAAGACAUUUUCACCUUCAAAUACUUGUACAAGAUGCAAAUUUUACCUCAAGCCCUCUUAAUGUGAUGUUCAUAAUGUACAUAUUUAUAUUACAUUUUACAAAUUCAUAUAUAUUUUUUUAAUGUCUUACCUGGCAAUAUUGAUGAUUAAAUCACUGCACAAACUGCAUUAACCACUAUAUUUGUUGAGAGUAAAGGUAGCAGUUAUUGAUAGCGAGAAUAUCACUUUUGAAGUUUUCUUGAGAUUGUAGCCUUAUUAUAUGUGAGAUUGUAGCCUUAUUAUAUGUCCAAACUGGCAUCAGACUUGCAAAGAUCUUGGGGUUUGAUUUUAGUUUAUAAAGAACAAGUGUAUAAAUUAUCUUGUGUGUGUAUAUAUAUAUACAGGUGUUUAAUAUUCAGUUUUGUUUACUUAGUAACUACACGAUUAUUUUUUCUCAUUCUUGAAAAUGUGGCAUUGUUUGUAUCUGAAUGUUUUUUACAUUAGGUAGUAUUCUUAUAUUAUAUUCAGUUUGUAACAAGUUAAGUAACAAUCAGCGAAUCAUAAACCUUUGUUUCAGUUUCAUUGAUUGCAUUAUAGUAUACAGGCACUCUCCGGUAACAAUGGUUUUCAGUUCCUGGUCGAGCACUGAUAGCCAAAAAUCGUUAACAUCACGGUUAUUAUGGUAAUAAAUGGCGCUUACAAUGCCAUAAGCACUGGUAAACUGCUUACUGUUGCCGAAAAUCUGAUUGACGACGUCGUUAGCCAAGCGUCGUAAAACCAAAAUGCUGUUAACCGAUGCCACCAUUAAGCGGAUGAUAAAAAAUGUGUAGAAAAUAGGUUAAUGAGUUACAGAUAAUGUAAGUUUGAAAUAAAAAUAAAAAUGGA